AUGAAGACGAAUCGUUUGGAAACGAGUAACCAGUUAGUGCAAGUAUUCUCGUCUUCUCCUUGCUUGCGAUCUGUUUCAUCUCAGCCGUUUCUGAUUACCAAAGAAAUUCAACAAUUGAUGAUGCUUUACACACCAAAUUAUUCAGGGCGAAAUAUUCACAUUAUAACGGCUGUAGACGUGUCUUCUAAGCUACUUCUGAAUGCGUGGAUAGCGUACGCUAAAGCUGAGGAGCCCAAUAUUUCGAAAAUAUACGACAUGAAAGUACCUAUCAAUGAAGAGAGCAUUAUCGUCAAGAAGUUACCAAUCACGAAUCCAUACAGUAUCCCACGUGCAUUUCGCCUCACUUCAUCUCGUUCGGAGCUUGUCGAAGUCGGCGACGAAAUGCUGCAGAUCCCUGGCCUUGGUUCAGUGACAACGACGCUUCUUUUCCACAACGUCAUUCGAAGUCCCAUCCGAUUAGAGGUGAUGAUAUUCGUGUUCAACGGCGAGACCGGGCAACAAGAAGAAACAAUCCAGCUCAACAUCACCUACAUCGAAUAG